AACAUCCAAUACAGUAUCAGUCUGUAGAUUAUACGAAAUACAUUAGUUAUGUCGUAGUUUUCAAGUAUCUACACUUGUUAUUACAUUUGUUUGACCAGUAUACUUAAGAUUCCGAUAAACACGACAUCCUCUAGAUAUUUUGUACGGAAGGCAGUGUUUCAUGAGCUUACAAAAAUGAUGACCAUAACGAUUUUUACCAUCAUUCUGUGUUUUGGAUUAGCCUUUGUACAAUGCAGUAUUGACCAAGAGUGUUUUAGCAUCGGUAAAGUGUUGUCAUGUGGUACGAUCAAACAUUUCCCGACGUCAAUUUCGUCUGAUAUUGAUACGAUUACUAUUUACGAAAUGGAGGCUGAAUCUAUUCCUUCAGACUUAUCACAUAGAAUUCCACAUCUACGUUUAAUACAAAUUUACUUUGGAAAAAUCGACAGAAUUUCUGCAGGUGCAUUUACAAAUUUGCAGCAAGCCGUCGAAAUCAGCUUUUUCCAAUCCAAAAUCCGUCUUAUUGAAACUAAUGCUUUCAGAAAUAUAACGAAAUUGUCUGUAUCAUUUCAUAAUACAACCAUCAAGGAAAUGCAAGUAAACAGCUUUUCCCAAAUUCAACGUAUGGACAGCUUUGGAAUGACGCUUUGUAAUGUAACAAUAGUCCGUCAGAACGCUAUUAAUUCUAUUUCCUAUGUAGACAGAUUCCAAAUUCAAAAUUCGAACUUUGGACUUAUCGAGAAGCGAGCUAUUAGCAACUUUGGCAAAUUGAUUUUCUUCCAAAUUCAUGAUAAUACGUUUAAGCUGUUCAAGUGCAUGUCUUUAGAACCACUAUUAGCGGCUGCUAAUAAUAGCGCCUUCUACCAGAAUGUAUUUUCAUGCUCGUGUGACCUACAGUGGAUUGUCAGAGACAAAAUAACCAGCACUUACUUAUUUUCAAACAUGUGUGAGGAAAAAAAAUCUAAUGAAAGAGUCGUGCUAGACAAGUUUGACUUUCAAGCAGCCGGAUGUACUGACGUAAUCGAUACUUGUAAAGAGAACUUUAAGAUCACCAUAGCUACACGAGCAGUUCCAUCUACAAAGAAAACUCUACCUGUGACAACAGAAAAACAGAAUGAACUACAUUCAACAAGUGAUCUCACAACAGUUGUUGCUAAAACGGAAACAGCAACAAUUCCCAUGACAAAAGAGAGACUGGUUAUAAGCACAAGAAACCUGAAGCAAAGUACGACCAAAGAAGUUAAAAUCAAAACAGCAUCUACCAUUUCGGCUACUACUUUCAAUUUAUCAAAUGUAACAUCUUCGUCGGAAGAAACUACUCAGCGACGUACAAGUUUAUAUUCUGAGUCAGUCGCGUCUACAAAGGUCACCGACCUGCAUACCACGAAAUUACGACAAACUGUACCAAGUUCAAGAGGUCAAAAUAUAAACAAUUCGGAAAAUCUUAAAUUGCAUCAUAGUUUGAUAAUGUUGAUGGUAUUAAUGGUCAUUUUAAACAUGUUAUAGAGCUAUGUUGAUGUUUUUUGAAUACGUGAAGUUUUAUAUACAUAUCUGGCAGUGAUUGGUAUAGUGAAUAUGGAUGAAGUAUUAGAAUAGUGAGCACGUUUGAAAAUUAUCGAGGGAAGAAAGGAAAUUCUCUUCGAAGGUUUAGAUUGUAGGAAUUUCAUUUCAGAAAAAAAUGAAACGGCCUUUUUUUUUUUUUUAAUUUUUGAGUCAUCCUGGGACUGAUAAAGAGGAAUAUUGAUAUAAUUAAAUAUACAUUAAAAUUAGUCCAAGAAACAAUUUGUAUAAUUCUAUUUUGUUCCCCAUCUUGACACCCACGGGAUUAUCUGAAUGAGUCAGUUCCAAUUAAAGGAGACGAAGUGUUAGUUGAUUUAUUUAUUUAUAAUUUUAUUAGAUGUAUAUAUGUUUCAUUAUAAUACUUUAUUUUGAUUGGCUAACUGCACAUCACGUGUUAUUCCGUAAGCAAUUGCAUCACUCAAUAAAACUUUUCAUUCAUGAUAGCACGUGGUCACACAAUAAAGUGCACAGGCGAAUAAAAUAAAAAAAAUGAUAAAAUUCGUGUUUUCAUGAUCAUAGCUAAAAAAUGUAAUUAUAAGUAUUGAAUGCUUCGUUUUGUAACUUUAUAGGGUUGUAAAAGCGUUGACCGUGCGCACAUUUUUAGUAUGAAGCGAUUUCGCGCUUCAUACAAAACGUACUUCGUUCGGUCAACGCUUUGACACCCCAAUAAAUUUACAAAAAGCAUUCAAUUCUUAAAUGAAAAAUUAUAAGAUAUAUAUUACAAUGUUACAUAAAGUUAAAAUAUGGGAUUCGGAAACAAUUUUGGAAAAACUUUUAUAAAUCCGUCUGAGACGAGGUGUUGACAUCAGACACGAGACAGCCAAACGUAGAAAAUAGCCAAACAGAUACAUUUGGGAAGGAGCAAAUAUGUGUUGGAGUUCAUUGAAUGUUUCUUGCAAUGUUAUUGGCAUCUUCGCUAGCCAAGGGUUACGAUCCACUCCCGCUGUGAAGAGAGCGGGAGUGGAUCGUAACCCUUGGCUAGCGAAGAUGUGUUAUUGGGGAUUAAAAGCAUUAACAGAAGCACAUUUUAUAUGAAGCACAGACGCUAUUCUACUUCUUUGUCUUGAUGUGUUCACACGUAAUUCAAAUUCGAUUCGCAUUAACUAAUUCGAAUUGGUUAGAUUUUACAUUCGAAAUUUUUUACGUCCGAGCGUAAAUUAAAAUACGAAUUGCAAUGCGCGACAAAUUGCUUUACUGUCCGAAAGAAGACAAUUAUUGAUUCGCGUUAUGAAUUAAUUGAUUAUGAUUUAAUUCGAAUUACAAUUUAGAAAGUGUCUACAUCGCGUUUUUAUUCGAAUUAUUGCCACGUUUACAUGUACAUUUAAUUCGAAUUAAAUUCAAAUUCCGAAUGGCGUACACACACUCGUCUUUUUUUAAAAUUCGAAUUGAAUUCGACUUGGCUGAUUCAUAUUAUCACUUUUGCAUUAGAACUGCGUUUUCGUUAAAACGAAUUUGUUAAUUCGCAUUAAUUCGAAUUAAACAGUUGUUUGGACACUUUCUUAAUUUGUAAUUCGAAUUAAAUUAUAAUUAAUCAAUAAUUAUUGAUAAUGCGAUUUAAAAAUUUAACGUCUUACGGACAGUACGGCCUCUAUCUACUUUCGUACAUUAUUUAUUUGUGUAAUUGUAUUGAAAUAUGUAUAAUCUCUAUACCUUUGUAAUUUGGUUUGUGAUAAUAAAGAUAUAUAUAUAGUAAAGCGAAUUUGAGGCGCAUUAGCAAUUCGAAUUAGUAAUUACAUUUGCGUUCUAUUCGACUCGAAUUCAAUUCGAAUUAAAUAUGCGUGUAAACGAGGCAAUAUUAAUAUAUAUCGUCUUAUCAAAAAAGACGUACGAAAUGUUGAUACAUUAUAGUACACUCAUGGUUAAUAGUUUGGUUUUUUUUUUUUUUUUUUUUUUUACUUUUUUGAAAUUUUGAUAUUUGUUUAGAUAUGUUGUAACUAAACAUGAGAAUUGUGUCAAAUCGUUGAACAUAAAUUUGAUAGCUAAUGCAACUGUAUGGAAAAGGGAUAUAGACUUCGGUUGUCGAUAUGAGUUCCUAAUGUCGUUUAAAUACGAAAUAAAUAAAAAAAUGUACAUGAAAAAAAUAAACGUUUUUAGAUGUGCCUAGAAAAAUAAAAAGUUUAUUAUUUUUUAUCGUUAAUCUUUGCUUUUGAAGGGUAAAUGUUUUAAAAGAGAGUUAGUUGUGAAAGACCGACAAAUUGACCACAUUUUACCCAUUACCAUAACUCGAUAUAUUAACACUCUGAUUUGUACAUGACUGUAAACUAUCACAUGUUUCUUUUCAAGGUGAUUGUUUUCAUCAACAUUGUUAAUUUCGUGCAGUUUUUUGUAUAUGCUAUUUAUAUUUUUAUCUGGUGCCAUGUUACGUUUCACUUUUUCCUUUAAUUCCUUUGUUUAUAAUGAUAUGAAUCCUAACGACGCAGUUGACCAUGUUUUAAAUGUUUAUCUGUUAUGUUAGUAUGCUUGUUUGUCCGUGUGGAUGUAAACUGAGAGAUAACUAGUAGCUUUGUUUGGCUCUGUAUAUAUGCCAAGCCCAUUUUAUAUACAAAUUGUUUCUUUAAGUGUGAGAUUUUCUUAAUGAUCAAAAUGUUUAUUAAUAGAGAGAAAUGUGUAUGAUUUUUUUAUUGUGUCUUUUUAACAUUUGUACGUUGGCUGAUUUGACAUUCGAAUUUAAUAUUGAAGUUAAUUUUUUCACAAAUGUACUGAUAAAUAGAUAAAAUGAAUACAUAA